AUGAACGCAACGAUGGGCGCCACACAACCCCUCCUCGACUGGAUUGCAGCACAUCCCUACCAGACAGUCUUCCACGUCGUCAAUGGUGUCGUACUCCUCACACCUGCAGCGGCUACUGUGCCUUUCUUCAGUGCACUUGGUUUGAGUGCGGGAGGACCCGUAGGUGGUACGUCAUCGCCUACCUACCCCGGUACUUACUCUGAGUUUGAUGCUGAUAAUAUCCUAGGCUCAACAGCAGCUUCUAUCAUGAGCUACUUUGGCUACGUACCAGCAGGUGGGAUUUAUGCGACAGCACAGAGUGCAGCUAUGGGCGGCUAUGGUGCGAGUAUUGCUGCUGGGGCAGCCCAGGCAAGUGCCUUGGUGAGUUCUGGAGCUGCGUGGUUGUUUGGACGCAACGGUACUGGAGUCUAG